AUGUUGGAAGGGGCAAGGCCACUUCCUCGCCCCCUUCUGGAAGGGCCUUUCGAGUUAACCUUGACCACAGAGGCUUCUACCAAGGGAUGGGGUGCUUUCUCUGCCCAAGGCGCAAUAAGAGGAGUUUGGUCACUUCAAGAAAGACUUCUCCACAUAAACUUACUAGAGUUAAGAGCAAUCAAAUUAGCCCUCCAAGGCCUCGUUCCAUUGAACCCCCUAGGUGUGUCGAUAAUGGUUCAAUCAGACAACAGGAAAGCAGUAGCUUAUGUCAACCACAGAGGGGGCACAGGGUCAAAAGGUCUUUGCCUAGAGGCCUUGGACCUGUGGUCAUGUGCUCUGGUUCACAAAGUUCGAAUUUUGGCAGUUCACGUACCAGAAGAGGCAAACGAACUGGCGGAUUCCCUGUCCCGCCAGCGUUUGUCCCUUGCUACAGUCCAGUUAAAGAGUGCCUUAUUUCAGCUGAUAGAGAGCAGACUGG